GACGCGCUGCGCAACUCGGGCAGCGAUGGGAUGGGGCAGAUCUCCCUGGAGUUCUACCAGAAGAAGAAGUCGCGCUGGCCCUUCUCGGACGAGUGCAUCCCCUGGGAGCUGUGGACCAUCAAGGUGAACGUGGUGAACCUGGCUAACGAGCAGGAGCGGCAGAUCUGCCGGGAGAAGGUGGGCGAGAAGCUCUGCGAGAAGAUCAUCAACAUCGUGGAGGUGAUGAAC